AUGAUCCUGGUGCUUUUGGCAAUCUUUGGUCUUGUGGCUUUGGUGCUCUGGUUAGGAGAAACCUUAUGGAGUGUGAUCCAGGCUGUCAGGUCGAUUUUAGCACCAUUUUUCCAGCCACAAGAAGCACGAACAUUGCGCGAACGGUAUGGAGAUUGGGCUGUGGUGACUGGUUCAACAGACGGCAUAGGAAAACAAUAUGCGUUGGAGUUGGCCAGAAAAGGUCUCAACAUCGUCCUGAUCAGCAGAACUUUGGAGAAAUUGACAAUAGUCGCCAAUGAAAUAGAAUCACAAUAUCCUGUGAAGACAAAAACUAUUGUGGCUGAUUUCAGCAAAGGUCAGGAAAUAUAUAAACAUAUAGAAAAUGAACUUUCUGGAAUUCCAGUUGGAAUAUUAGUUAACAAUGUAGGGAAACAGUAUUCAUAUCCAAUGUAUCUGAGCGAAGUACCAGAGCAAGAUCUUUGGGACAUUGUCAACAUAAAUGUAGGAGCUGUUACUUCCAUGUGCAGAAUGGUCUUAAAACAAAUGCAAGAAAGGAAAAAAGGUGCCAUUGUCAAUGUCUCAUCUGGUUCUGAGCUGCAACCUUUGCCACUGAUGACGGUAUAUGCAGCCACAAAGGUGUAUGUGAAAUCCUUCACAGCAGCUUUACGAUUCGAAUGUGCCGAUUAUGGGCUUACUGUCCAGCACUUGGCUCCACUUUUCGUGUCAACCAAAAUGAACCAUUUUUCUAGCCGGAUUUCAACAGCUAGUUUACUUGUUCCUGAUGCGCGAACAUACGCUCGGCAUGCGGUCGCGACUUUAGGACGUACUGAUAGUACGACAGGGUAUUGGAGUCAUGGAAUUCAGUACACAUUUACUUCGCUGCCACCAGUAUGGUUACGAACGCUCAUUGGUGGAAUCAUGAACAUGAGCUUCCGGAAUGAAUACCUACAGCGAGAACAAAAGACUGCAUAGAUUAAUAAACAUCAUAUUAUUAUAAGCCAGAAAAUUAUAAUCCAAAAAUUGAAUUGAAUGA